AUGAGCAAUCACACAAAGAUUCUAUUGAGUUCAGAAGGGGAAGCUAGCCUACCAAAGUAUGAAGGGCAUUUUGUUCCGUGUAAAUCACGCUACACAGGGUCCACUCUAGAGUUCAAGGAUAACUUCAAAGAGGACACAGAAGACACAUCCACAUCUUCUUCUGAUAAUGUUUCGACAUACGUAAGAGGAAGAAAGCUAGUGGGUAAACCGCUAAAUUUCUUAGAGUCUUGCAGCAUGAUUUUGGUCGAAGAGAGUACCGACGCCGAAGAUCAAACCACAAUGAAGAAGGUUGCCGAUGUUUCCAAGCUUAUCAACUAUGAAAGAGAAGGUAAUGAAAGCCGUCUCGAGGAGGAGAUGGCAAAAUUCCAAGAGUUUCUGAACUUGAACGACAUAAUUCACAGCUGA